AUGGCGAUUCCCGCUUCUACUCCGCUUGCAAGCCUUCCACCGCGACCUUACAGAAGAUUCUUGACUUCCGCUCUACACACAAGAUUUGUGCAUGCAGCACUGAUAUCCCUCCUUGUCGCUCUUAACAAUGCGUUUUGGAUCGGUUCGAAAAGAGACCUCUUCUGGUCUUGGUUUCCCUUCGGUCCUGCUGGCAUCAAAGCUUUGCUUUUCUUCAUGUCAAGCCUCUUCAUUUUCAUCCUGCAGAUCGCGACUCUUCGAAUUGGCCGACAGACCACGACUUCUCCUUUCGCUACUUUCAUCGCCAAUUUCCUCAGCUCAACCGCUCUCCAGACGGCCUUCUGGUACUUGGUAUCCGCGUGGUGGUUUACCGAAGCAUAUAUUUGGUCAUCCCCUGAUCUCGGAUGGAUCACGAGGGGAAACCACAAAACCCCUGAUGUCCUGAACGAGAAACCGAUCUUCUUCCGACUCUAUGCUUUGGUUCUAGCAUCGGCAUACUCCGCAAUUCACCUGUACCAAGGCCAUUCCUUACUCCAUAUCCCCGUCUCAAGAUUACCAACCAAGCCCUCCACGGACAGCAAGGCACCGGAUACACAUCCUAUAGAACCGAUACAGACACAACUACAACGACGAAUAAUUCCUUCGCUGGCACAGUCUGCCGUGAUUGCAGCCGUGGCUAUUGUCGCCACACCUUUCAUCAAUACCUUGGGCUUGCGACAAUUCUUCUGGCAGCUUCACCUUACACUUGCAAAGCCAUUCUUUAACUUGUCCCGGGCGAAUGCCCGACCCAUCGGGUAUCCACCAUUGGGACUAUUCUACCUUGGCCGAUGUCUUUUGGCAGGAUUUUGGUUGGUCCUCACAUGGGAGCUGACCUCGAUGCUCUUCUUGACUUAUCUCAAGCAGGAACCGAGCAAGACUGGUUUGCCUCUGUCUGCCACCAGCAAAGACCCGAAUGGAACGCUACUGACGGGGUUGAAAGCUAAACGAGAUGUUGUCAAGACUUUUGCUUUCUGGGAACUGGAUCUUAUUGCUCAAAAACACAAGGACCGAAGGAAAGCUAUUUUCGAAGACAUUGAACGACCUACAGGACCAAUCUGGGGUCAAACGUUAGAAGCUGGGCUGAAAGUCUUGCGGGACAUUGACAGCCGCAUAACUGGACCACCGCCAAAAGAGCCGGAUCCUCAACCAAAUCAAACUGUUAAGACUCUACCCCACAUUGUCCCCGAGUUGCCAACACGAUCAAUCCUUCAGGCAAAACCAAAGGCGAGCAUGGGGGAACUACUCGUUUCGAGCCCUUUGCGCCAAAUUGGGAGGAGUAAGAAUCCAUGGCAUCUGUCGGUCGAGCAGACGACAAAAGUAGCCGGGACCAAAUUGCUUGAAUAUGCGAAGCCUCCAGGAGCAGACAAAAUGCCAUCCCAGAGCCUUCUUGGGCAAUGGGCCAUUUCUUUGCAAAAGAGUCCUCUAGGAUGGCUCUUUCUGUCAACAAAAGCGGCGAAAAUCAAUGCGGCAGUACUUGGAUCUCCAAGCGGUAAUGCGGCCAUGAUUGUCGAUGUGAUUGACUCCAUCACUAAAAUGCUUGUUGCCAGUCUCUCAGAGGACACGUAUGGCAAAGCCACUCCGACCGUACCGGAGACUGUCAGGACAUUCACGAAAACGUUGACGAUCAUAGACAGCUUCGUGUUGAAGAACAGCCAAGGGCUUGAUGGUGGCAUUGAAGAGGUUGAGAUCAUCACUGAAAGAUUAAGAUCCGGGUUGAAGGAAUUAUUAUCAGCAUUCCAGCUUUAUUUGCUUGAUGUCGGUCUCGGAAUUGCCGAGCUUAAUCAGGCGAAGAGAGCAGUUGAAAUACCACAGAGUGAGGAAGCCGAAGACAAAGCUGUCGAACCGGCACACCACCGACAACUCUUUUCUAACGACAUCCAAAAAGGAAAGCCUUCCAAACGACAACGCGGAACAGAAUCUCAGGAGACGAGGCCUACCAAUAGAUUAGAAGCCGGCCCAGGGACAUCGGGGACUUCAAGAGGAGCUCUGGCAAGUCAAAUAAAUGGACGAUUAAAUCGGAAAAGAGAAAUGGAACAGAUUAGAUAA